AUGGAAAGGCAACAAGACAACGCCUCAGAUGCAGACUCUGACUUGGAGGAGCUGGAGGGAGAUAUCGCAAAGUUAGACGAGACUGUUCGAACUUUUUUGGCAGAUCAACGGGGUGAGAAUGAUGCCUCGCCCGCGGCCCGCGGCCUCCCGCGAGGUAAAGGAGCACGAGGUCCACGGAAAGCAGCAAAACCUCGAGGAGACAUCACAGCACGACUAUCCAAAGUAAACCAAGCUUUUCUGAGCGGCGACUAUCCAUUAGCACUGGAUCUUGUUUUCGAAGUCAUCAGAAUCAAUGCCGAAACGCACCAAGCAUGGACGACUCUAUCAUCGAUUUUCCGUGAGCAAGGUGACAUGGGCAAAUCGUUAUCAGCGAUGGUCUAUGCUGCUCAUCUCCGCCCAAAGGAUGUGAACGGCUGGCUCCAGUGCGCAUCAUUCGCACUUGAGAACGUUGCAGAUGACGAAGCCGGAAAUCUCAACACUGCGAGACUUUGUUAUUCUGCGGCGCUGCGGGCCGAUCACACGAACAUCGAUGCUCGCUUGGGCAAAGGUCUAGUUUGUCACAGACAGGGCCAUCUUGCAGCCGCCAUCUCCGACUACAAGGUUGUUUUGGAGCAUCGACCCCACGACCUUGAAAUCGUCAGAAAACUUGCUGAGGCUUGUGUUGACAAUAAACAAGCCGAGGCCGCUGUUCCGAGCGCAAUCGCAGCCUAUAAACGAUUCUUUGAUCAUGAAAGGGCGAAGCCGCAGACGCAGAUUAUGGAACCUCCAUGGCAUGAUAUCGGGAUUUACGUGGAACUUUUUGCUUCGACAGGACGUUAUCAGGAAGCUAUACAAGAAUCCAAGUCACUCUCUCGAUGGCUAUUGGGUCGGGAGGCAGAGGACUACUGGGACCAAUGGACCUCCGACGACCGCGAAUGGGACAUGGAUGACGAACGGCGGACUGCUGUGCCGAAUUUCACCGCAAGUGUCUGGAGUCCUGACUCCUAUGGUCAGUCGUUUCCUUGGGACCUGCGUGCCCGAUUGGCAAUAUACAGGUUUCGACUGGGUGAUGAAGAUGAGGCAAUGGUAAGGUCCCGGUUAACUCUGACGAUUAUGGCUAACGUUUGGCAACAGAGGCAUCUGCUGUGGUUUGAGCCGGAAUCCAUCCUCACGAGAGAAUUUGCUGGCGAUUUUCCAUUUCUAACGUUCGACCUUGCUGAAGAGUUGGCCCAUCGUGGCCAUACACCAUUGGCAAUUUCAUACUAUCAGAUCCUCCGAGAUUUACCUGGCGAUGCUGAUGCAACCAUUCUUUUACAACUGGGACGAUGCUAUUCGGCAGUUGGAGAGACGGCCACAGCUGAGGAGUUUUUUCUCGCUGCCAUUGACGCUGAUGAAGACAACAUUGAUGCCCGUAUCGAACUGGCUAACAUGUACGAGAAGGCUAGAGAGGAGGAAGAAGCUCUCAUCCUAGCAGCCGAGGCAAUGGCCCUCCGACAAGCUCGAGAUCAAAACCUCGAAGGCCAUCAAGACUCUAUCGCAGAACUUGACCCGCCAAGUCGUCGGGCUCCACGACGAACCCAAGCGGUUCCUCGAAGAACAGAUGCAUUUGGAAAGCGGCUUAUUCCACGAAGAUAUCGACCAAAACGACUAGCUGGUGCUGACAAACGCCGACAAGAGGAGCAAGCUCGUGCCAUGAAGCUGACUGAACAGUACGAGAUUGUGCAAGAUCUGCGCAAAAAGAUCAAAGAAGGACAGCACAACCUGAUUCCAACUUGGAUGGCUUCGUCAAAGGAGCUUGUAGACGAGUUUCGAUCGAUCAAGAAAUUCUACACCUGGGAUAAGUAUUUGCACUUCCUUGGGCCUAAGAACCAUUUGCAACAGCAGGAAGCCGAUAAACCACAAAACGAGCUUUCACAGAUGUACGAAAGACUUGCCAGGACUCUUGCUCCACAGCCGGGGAGCGAAGGCCGAGACGACGGGACCUCAAAGCCCGAUGCCCACCAAGGAAUUUCCUUCAACAACUGGCUUGACUUAUUUUUGGAUUACGCUAUUGGCCUGGCUACUGCUCACCGACGCGACGAAGCAUAUCAAGUGUGCGAAGCUGCACGAGAUUCGACCGCUUUUCAAGCCCCAGAGCAUGGCUUUAUGAUUCAUGUGGCAUGGAGUGUCUGUGCCAUUUAUACGAGCGAUGAAGAGAAGUGUAUCGCGACAGCUCGCCAACUAAUGAGAGACGGUGCCACGUCUGAUUCAUAUAGAAUGUUCGCCUUACUAUCUAACCUAUGUCAGUCUCCUGUAUCCUGGUAUACGUCAGGGCCUGCACAGAAGUACAUUCUCCGACAGAUCAAGGCUAUGGAUGAGGCUUACAAUGGCGGUGAGACCAAUUCCGAAAGAGCAGAGGACGGGGAGCCAGUCCUUGAUGCAUGUGUCCUUAUGCUUUAUGGGCAUAUCCUUUUUACAUCGACAAGCUACACAUACGCAUUAGGCUACUUUUUACGAUCGCUGGCCCUGGACGCUGAGAACCCCAUGGUGAAUCUGAGUCUAGGACUGGCAUAUGUUCACUAUGGCCUCAAGCGACAAUCAACCAAUCGCCAAUACCUGCUACUGCAAGGGCAGACCUAUUUGUCACGAUAUGUUGAGCUGGGGCAGCAAGGAGUCACGGAGAGAGGGAGUUGGACCAGGGCUGAGGCAUACUACAAUAUUGGCCGCCUCUACCAGCUCUUGGGCGUCAAUUACCUGGCCCAUAACUAUUACUCAAGAGCAAAGAAGGCCUGUUAUGGAUCAUAUAGAAAAGAUAAGGCUAGAGGCCUGGAGGUUAUGCUCUUGACUAAUGAGGUAAUAUCUUUAAUUAUAAAUUAUAAUAGUAUUAAAGCCUUAACUUUACUUAAAGUAAAGUUAAAACUUUAA